AAUAUGACCGAGGCACCGUUAUUCCACGGGACGCUCUGCGCGCCGCGCACCCGCUCGCCAACUUCGGAUAAACUUUUUUAUUGUUUUUAAAUAUUAGUAUUAUUGUUUCGCGUACCUUGCACGCGUGAGGCCGUUUUGUUUCACCUUUCAAAGUAUUACCAGUUUCCUGCCUCUUUUUUUUUUUUUUUUUGGUGUGGAGUUGAAUUAAAAGUUUCCAGCUGCAGGGAUCCCCGUCUCCCUUCAAGGAGGAUUUCUGCGCGCUGCGCGGCAUCAGGAGGAGCAGAAGAGCACUCGUGGAGUACUUUGGGACAGUGAAUGACGAGCCGCUCACUGACUAACUAAUGCGGCGCUUUGGUGGGUGCAGUGGAUGCGUCUCCGGCAUGGACUCUGUCUGACUUGACCAUGGCGCGCACAGGUAGGGGCUUGGGCCGCUUUCACUUCGUUCUGCUGGCGCUGUGGACCCUGUCGCGGCACUCCGCGUCCAGCCAGGUCCGCCAAGAGUUCCAGGUCCCGGAGGAGCAGCCCGUCGGCACCUACGUGGGCACCAUAGAGACCAAGCCCAGCUUCUCGUACCGCUUCAGCGAGAGCCACAAACUUUUUGCAAUCAACGCCACCACCGGGGUGAUCUACACCUCCUCGGUGAUUGACAGGGAGCUCCUGCAGAGCGAUGUCAUCAACGUGGUGGUGCUGUCCAGCCAGCCCACGUACCCCACCGAGGUGCGCAUAGUGGUUUUGGAUAUCAACGACAACUCCCCGGUGUUCCCGGACGCGUCCAUCGUCGUGUCCUUCAAGGAGGACGCCAGCAGCGGGCGGCAGGUGAUCCUGGACACGGCCACGGACUCCGACAUCGGCAGCAACGGAGUGGAUCACACCACGUACAGGAUCGUGAAAGGCAACGAGCAGAGGAGGUUCCGCCUGGAUAUCACGGUCAAUCCCAGCGGAGAGGGGGCAUUCUUGCACCUCGUCUCCACCGGAGGCCUGGACAGGGAAGUCACUCCCUUCUACCAGCUGCUGGUGGAGGUGGAGGACAAAGGGGAACCCAAAAAGUUUGGCUACAUGCAGGUGAACGUCACUAUUCAGGACAUAAAUGACAACCCUCCUGUUUUUGACCAAGAACAAUAUCAGAACAGCGUCUUUGAGGACGCAGCCGUGGGCUCCAGCAUUCUGCAGAUCACGGCGUCGGAUCGGGAUGAGGGAGCUAAUUCGGAGGUCAGGUAUUUUUUAGACGAGGGAACACCUUUCCAAAUCGACCCCAAAGCCGGGACCAUCAUUAUGAAAGAGGGUUUGGAUUAUGAGAGUAAGCGAGAGUAUUCCCUGACCAUCCAUGCCGUGGACAACGGGGUGCCGUCCCUCUCGGGGAGGACAGAAGCCACCAUCAAACUUUUAGACGUGAACGACAACGACCCGGUGGUGAAGUUCAGGUAUUUCCCCACCACCUCCAAGUUUGCCUCGGUGGAUGAAAACGCACAGAUCGGCACCGUGGUGGCUCUGCUCACUGUCUCGGAUUCAGACUCCCCCACUGCCAACGGCAACAUAUCCGUUUCAAUCCUAGGCGGCAACGAGCAGAGGCACUUUGAAGUGCACACUUCCCCCGUGCCCAAUUUGAGUCUCAUCAAAGUGGCCAGUGUGCUGGACAGGGAGCGGAUUUCCUCCUACAACCUGACCGUGUCGGUGUCGGACAACGGCGCGCCCGUCGCCAGGUCCUCCUUCGCCAGUCUGGUUAUUUUUGUGAACGACAUCAACGACCACCCGCCCAUAUUCCAGCAAACCCUGUACAGGGUGGACAUCAGCGAGGACGUACCGAAAGGCAGCUACGUCAAAGGCGUUUCUGCGACGGACGGCGACUCCGGGCAGAACGCCAACCUGCGCUACUCCCUGGUGUCUGGAAACGCUUUGGGCUGGUUCUCCAUCAGCGAGAACAGCGGUCUGGUGACCAGCGCCGCUUUGCUGGACCGGGAGAUAGCGUCUGAAAUUGUGCUCAACAUCAGCGCCAAAGACCAGGGGCUGCAGCCCAAGAUCUCCUACACCAAACUGGUGGUAAACGUCACCGACGUGAACGACCAGGUGCCCACGUUCGCACAGGGCACGUACCACGUCUCGCUGGCGGAGCACGCCGCCGCCGGCACCGAGCUGCUGGUGCUGUCGGCCUCGGACGACGACGACGGGGCCAAUGGAACCGUCCGCUUCGCGUUCGACGGGGAGACUCCGGCCGCUGUCCAGCAGCUGUUCCGCCUGGACGCGCUUUCGGGGCGACUGAGCACGGCCGCGGAGCUUGACCGGGAGGAGCGGGCCUCCUACUUACUCCACGUCCAGGCAGCAGACGCAGGCAGCCCCGCUUUGCACUCUGUAGGGAAAGUCAACAUCACCCUGAGGGAUAUCAACGACAAUAGGCCGGUUUUCUACCCGCUGCAGUAUUUUGCCAACGUGAAGGAGAACGAGCCCUCGGGCUCUUAUGUAACCACCGCCUCAGCAACAGACCCCGAUUUGGGUCGAAACGGCACGCUCAAAUAUAUGAUUACAGCUGGGGAUUCUUCCAAAUUUCGCAUUAAUAGUAACACAGGGAAAAUUACCACACUUGUGCCCCUGGAUAGAGAGGAGAAGACCGCCUACCAGCUGCAGGUUACAGCUGCAGAUGGUGGCGGCCUGCGCUCACACACGCAGGCCAUAGUGACUGUGACCGUCAUCGACACGCAGGAUAACCCCCCGGUCUUCAGCCAGGAGGUCUACAGCUUUGUCAUGUUUGAAAACGUGGGCCUUGGGACAGUCAUAGGCACCGUGUCGGCCACCACCGUGGAUCUGAACACAAACAUUUCAUAUCUCAUCACCUCGGGGGACCACAGGGGGCUUUUUUCCGUGAACGGCGCGGGUCAGAUCACAGCGUCGAGCCAGAUAGACAGGGAGGAGCGGGACUUCUAUCAGCUGAAGGUUGUAGCGAGGGCUGGGGAGAUCACGGGCGAGGCCCUGGCGAACGUCACGGUGAAGGACUUAAAUGACAACGGGCCUCAUUUCCUUUACGCCGUGGAGCAUGUGAGCGCGGUGGAAAACUGGAGCGCGGGUCACGUCAUAUUCCAGGCCAAAGCGUCGGAUCCCGACGAAGGCACAAACGGCGCGGUGGUUUACAGCCUCAAGCAGAACCCCAGGGGGCUGUUCCACAUUCACGAGAAGCACGGCCUCAUCACGCUGACCGGGCCGCUGGAGGUCACCACCAGCUCCUACGAGGUGGAGGUCACGGCGUCCGACACGGGGGUCCCCCGCCACAGCUCCGACCUCGUCCUCAUCGUCAGCGUCUAUGACGUCAAUGACAACUCGCCGGUAUUCGACCAGCUUUCGUACGAGGUCGUCAUCCUGGAGUCUGAGCCUGUCAACAGUCGCUUUUUCAAAGUGGAGGCCGCCGACAUGGACUCCGGUCUCAACGGGGAGAUUAUGUAUGACAUCGCCGGGGGCAACACCAGGGAUGUGUUUGGCAUCUUUCCAGACGGGCAGCUGUACAUCAAAGACGAGCUGGACCGAGAGGCACAAGACCGAUAUAACUUAGUGGUCGUGGCCAAAGACCGGGCCGUGGAGCCGCUGAGCGCCGCCGUCAACGUCAGCGUGAUUCUGGAUGACGUGAACGACAACCGCCCCCUUUUCAACAGCACCAAUUAUGUGUUUCAUUUUGAGGAAGAGCAGAAGAGGGGGUCGCUGGCUGGCCAUGUUUACGCCGAGGACAAGGACUUUGGCCCAAACAGCGAGGUGAGAUACUCAUUUGAGACUCCGCAGCCCAACUUUGAGCUGAACGCCAUCACGGGGGAGUUGACCAGCACGCUGCAGUUUGAUCGCGAGGCGCUCAUGAGACAAAGAGGCGCCACCGUGUUCGGCUUUGUGGUCGUCUCGUCGGAUCAGGGUCUCCCCAAGCCCCUCAGGGACCAGGCCAAGGUGCAAGUUUACAUUCAAGACAUCAACGACAACCCGCCUAAAUUCACAAAAGACAUUUACCAGGCCUCCAUCUCAGAGUCGGCUCCAAACAUGACUCAACUGCUGCGGGUCUCCGCCUCUGAUGUGGACGAGAACAAAAACGGGUUGGUUCAUUAUCACAUCUCGGAGGGCAACGAGGAAGGACAGUUCGCAAUUGACAGCAGCUCCGGACAAGUUACUUUAGUAGGAAAGCUGGACUAUGAAUCUACGUCCUCCUAUUCAUUAAAAAUCCUAGCUGCUGAUGCAGGAGCUGUGCCUCUGACCUCCUCCUGCAUGCUGAGCAUCAGCAUCCUGGAUGAGAACGACAACUCCCCCUCCUUCCCUAAAUCCUCUGUGUCCGUGGACGUCCUGGAAAACAUGAGGAUAGGGGAGCUGGUGGCCUCGGUGACCGCCGCCGACGCGGAUUCCGGUCAGAACGCCGACAUAACGUACAGCAUCACGGCCACGAACAACCACGGCACCUUCAGCAUCAGCGCCAACACCGGCAGCAUCUUUUUGGAUAAAAAGCUGGACUUUGAGACUCAGUCACUUUACAAGCUCAACGUCACGGCGAAGGACAACGGGAGACCAGCUCGCUCCUCAUCCGUUCCUGUGGUCAUUCACGUCAGGGAUUUUAACGACAACCCCCCCGUGUUUACCCCUGGGGACAUUUUCAAAUCCAUCCCCGAAAAUCUUCCCCUCUCAGCUUCUGUCAUGACCAUUGCAGCUCACGACACGGAUGCAGACAUAAACGGGCAGCUGGAGUACUCCAUCGUUCACCAGGUUCCCCGGGGGGGCCACUUUGGCAUCGAUUCAGGCACCGGGCUCAUUUACACCAGCAAGGAAAUCGACAGGGAGUUUUCAAACCUGUUCGAGCUGACAGUCAAAGCCACCGACCAGGCCGUGCCAGUCGAAUUCCGCCGCUUUGCCCUGAAAAAUGUCACAGUUUGGGUCACAGACUUGAAUGAUAACGUCCCCACUUUUAUGUCCCAGAAUGCCCUCGUAGCCGAGCCCAACAUAGUCAUCGGCUCCAUCCUGACAACCGUGUCGGCCUUUGACCCCGACGAGGGUUCCAACGGAGAAGUGGAGUACGAGCUGGUGGAGGGGGACUCGGACACUUUCAUCAUGGACAGAUACAGCGGAGACAUCCGCCUGGCCUCCCAACUGUUGCAGUCCCGGCUCAUGUACACGCUCACCGUGUCGGCCACCGACCACGGCGACAGCCGCAAGACCUCCAGAACCGAGCUCACCAUCAUCCUCCGAGGGUUGGACGGGCCUGUUUUCUCCCAGCCGAAGUACAUCACCAUCCUCAAAGAGGGCCAGCCGCCGGGCACCAACGUCAUCUCCCUGGAUGCCUCCAGCCCGCGGGGCUCAGCGACCAAAGUGGAGUAUUUCAUCGUGGGGGUCCGCAGUGGCGGAAAAGCCGUGGGGCGCCUUUUCACCAUCGGCCGGCACACUGGAGUGAUACAGACGGCCGCAGAGCUGGACCGAGAACAAGGCAGCGACCUCUACCUGGUGGUCGUGUACGCCAUCGAGACGGACGCCAGCCAGCCCAGGACGCAGCGCGCUGAGGUGGAGAUCACGCUGCAGGACGUCAACGACAACCCGCCGGUUUUCCCUAAUGAUAUUCUGGAUGUGACCAUUGAGGAGAACGUCGGAGAUGGCUUCAAAAUAAUGCAGCUAACAGCCGCGGAUGCAGACAAGGGUCCCAACGCUCUCGUCACGUACACCAUCGUCAGCGGGGCGGACGACAGCUUUCGCAUCGACCCCGAGUCCGGCGAUCUGAUCGCCACCAAGAAGCUGGACCGGGAGCGCCGCUCCAAAUAUUCCCUUCUGGUGCGCGCCGACGACGGGAAGCAGUCGUCCGACAUGCGGCUGAACAUCACCGUGAAGGACGUCAACGACCACACGCCCGAGUUCUCCCGGGUCGCGUACUCCUUCGACAUCCCCGAGGACAUGGCGCCGGGCUCCAUCGUGGCGGCGAUCCUGGCCAGCGACUCCGACUCGGGGGCGAACGGCGAGGUCACCUACUCGCUGGAGGACGAGGAGGACGAGGACGAGGCCUUCCUGCUCAACCCGGUGACGGGCGUCUUCAACGUGACGCGCCCUCUGGACUACGAGACCCAGCGGUACUACAUCCUCACGGCCAAGGCGCGGGACGGCGGGGGCCAGGCCAGCGGCGUCAGGGUCUACUUCAACGUGCUGGACGUGAACGACAACCCGCCCGUCUUCAACGCCACGGCGUACAGCGCGUCGGUGUCCGAGAGCCUGCCGCCCGGAUCCGGCGUGCUCACCGUCGGGGCCGCAGACGCCGACGACGGCCCGAAUGCCCAGCUCCUCUACAGAAUUGCGUCCGGAGAUUCCCAGGGACACUUUGUCAUCAGCAAGGACGGAGUCCUCCAAACCAAGAAGGCCUUGGACAGGGAGAUCCAGUCCUUCUACAACCUGGUGAUCACGGUCAACGACCUGGCUCCUCCUCCCGCGACGCGCUUCACCAGCACCGCCCAGGUGUCCAUCAUCCUUCUGGAUGUCAACGACUGUCCGCCGACCUUCACCUCUCAGCGGAUGACCUACAUCCAGGAGAACACGCCGGUGGACACGGUGGUGUUCACCGCCCAGGCCGCAGACGCCGACAGUGGACCCAACAGCUAUGUCGAGUACUCCCUCAAAGGACCUUUCGUCAACAAGUUCAGCAUCGGCACCAUCGACGGAGACGUCAGGUUGGUUGGGGAACUGGACCGCGAGGAGCUGUCCAACUACACCCUCACCGUUGUAGCUACCGAUAAAGGCGAACCCCACCUGUCCUCGAUGAUGGACGUGACCAUGGUGGUCCUGGACGUCAACGACAACACGCCGAGCUUCUCGCAGAACAUCUACGACAUCGAGAUCGAGGAGGACACCUUGACCGGGACCGACGUCAUCCAGGUGUUCGCCAGCGACGCGGACGAGGGCACCAACGGGCAGGUCCGGUUCUCCAUCUCGGGGGGCAACGCCAACUCUGACUUCCGAAUCGAUUCGGUCACGGGGGUGAUUUCGGUGGCCAAGCAGCUGGACCGCGAGGCGCGUGGGUCCUACUCGCUGGUGGUCCAGGCCGCCGACCGAGGCAGCAGCCCCAAGGUGGACCGAGCCACCGUAAACAUCGUGCUGUUGGACAUGAAUGACUGCUCACCUGAGUUUGAGCUCUCUCCGUACACCGUCAAUGUUCAGGAGAACUUUGAGAAUCUUCCAAAAAACAUUCUGCAGGUCGUCGCCAGAGACGACGACCAAGGCGCCAACGGCCAGCUGAGCUACAUGCUGAGCGGCGAGAACGACAACGGCGCCUUCAGCCUGUCGUCCAGCGGUCAGCUGAGCGUGACCCGGACCCUGGACCGCGAGGCCCAGGCGAAAUACGUCCUGCUGAUCACAGCCACCGACUCAGGUUCUCCGUCCCUGAGCGGCACGGGCACGGUAACGGUUGUGGUGGACGACGUGAACGACAACGUGCCCGUUUUCACCUCCUCGUCCUUCCACACCACGGUGAUGGAGAACGCCCCCACGGGGGCCGACGUGCUGCUGGUCAACAGCUCCGAUGCAGAUGUGGGCGUCAACGGCGUGAUAAGCUACAGUCUGGCCGGAGGACACGGACAGUUCUCCAUCAACCCGGCUACCGGGCAGAUCAUCACCAGCUCCCUGCUGGACCGAGAGGACCGAAACAAUUACCAGCUGCUGGUUGUAGCCACAGAUGGAGGACAGCCUCAGGGCUUGUCGAGCUCCGCCACCGUGUCGGUGACGGUGGCCGACAUCAACGACAACCCCCCACACUUCCACCACCACCCUUACGUCACCCACAUACCCGCCUCCACCGCAGCAGGGUCCCUGGUCUUUGCAGUUACUGUCACCGACGAGGACUCCGGCUCCAACGCCCAGCUGCACUACUCCCUUGUAGGCCGCAACUCUGAGAAGUUCAAAAUCGACCCCAUCAGAGGUGCGAUCACCGCCAAUGAGAAGCUGACCGGCAGCUCAGAAGUUACUCUGACGGUUCGGGUGAAAGACGGCGGCGCGAACCCCAAAACGGACACGACCACGGUGACGGUCCGCUUCGUCACCGGAGGAAGCUUCCCCGUCAUCAAACUGGAGGAGCGUGCGUUCACAUUCCCGGAGAGCCAGCCGACCAACCACGUCGUCACAACGGUGACCGGGUCCUCUAUGAGGGGAGGGCCGCUGUCGUAUUACGUUGCCAGCGGCAACCUGGAUAACGCCUUUCAUAUUGACCAGCUGUCGGGCGAGUUGUCCAUCAGACAUCCCUUAGAUUACGAGCACGUUCAGAAAUAUGUUCUCUGGAUUGAGGCCAGAGAUCAGGGAUUCCCACCUUAUUCCUCUUAUGAGAAAGUGGAAUUAACCGUGCUGGACGUCAACGACAACCACCCGGUGUUCGAUAAGGAUCCCUUCCAUGCUGAAAUACUGGAGAACCUUUCGCCUCAGCGGGUGUUGAUGGUCUCUGCGGUCGAUCUGGACAGCGGGCCUAAUGGACAGCUUGAAUACGCCAUCGUCGAUGGCAACAAGGAGAACAGUUUCAGCGUGAAUAGAGCGACUGGCGAGAUACGGACCACCCGGCCGCUGGACCGGGAGAAGGCGGCUCAGUACACUCUGAGGGUCAAAGCCACCGACCGCGGGUUGCCACCCAAAACCACGGCGGUCAAGGUGCUCAUCAACGUGCUGGAUGUGAACGACAACGCCCCGAGGUUUUCCAAGAUCUUUAGCGCGGCGGUGGCUGAAAACGCCCCGGUGGGUUACACCGUCACCAGGGUCACCACCACGGACGAGGACGCCGGCUCCAAUGCCGUUAGCCGCUAUUCCAUCACCGACGCCAGCCUUCCGUUCAACAUCAAUCCCAACACAGGAGACAUAACAAUCAGCAGGCCGCUUAACAGAGAAGACACAGGCCAUUACAUUGUCAAAGUGUCGGCCCACGACUCUGGCUGGACAGUAAGCACAGAUGUCACCAUAUUUAUUACGGAUGUUAACGAUAACGCACCCCGGUUUAGUCGUCCCUCCUACUAUCUGGACUACCCUGAGCUCACCGAGGUGGGCUCCCUGGUCACACAGGUUUCCGCCACAGAUCCCGACGAGGGUUUCAACGGCAAAAUCUUCUAUUUCAUUCGGUCCCAGUCAGAGUUUUUCCGAAUCAACGCCAGCUCCGGGGAGAUAUUUGUGAAGCAGCAGCUAAAGUACCAGAACUCGACGGGUGCCAGUAGCAUUAAUAUAAACCGCCACAGCUUCAUAGUCACAGCCUCAGACCGGGCGCUGAAGCCUCUGAUGAGCGAGACGACCGUGAUUGUGAACGUCGUGGACAGCAACGAUAAUCGGCCCGAGUUUGAUUCACCGAGCUACUUUACUCCGGUCACCAAAAGUGUCAAGGUCGGCACCAGGCUCAUCAGAAUUGUGGCCCACGACAAAAAAGACUUUGGCCUUAAUUCUGAGGUUGAGUACUUGAUAACCGGAGGAAACAGCUCCAGGAAAUUCAAGCUAGAUAAAACAAGUGGCUGGAUUACCGUUGCCUCCUCCCUCACAUCUGAUACGAAUACAUUUUUCCUCAUCGACAUCACAGCGAAGGACAGAGGAAAUCCUCCUCUGUCCUCGCGGACGUCCGUUCGGGUCGCAGUCACGGAGGAAAACCACCACACACCUGAGUUCUCACAAAGCCAAAUCUCAGCUACCGUACCCGAGAGCCUUGUUGUGGGAACGGCCAUCAGGACUCUGUCUGCCAGAGAUAAAGACAAAGACAUGAACGGCCUGAUCACGUACGAUAUUACUUCAGGCAACGACAAGGGUCUGUUUUCACUUCACAGUAAGACGGGCGUCUUAUCCCUGGCUCGCCCGCUGGACUUUGAAGAGAAGCAGCAACAUGAUCUCAGAGUCUCAGCCACCGACGGCGGCUGGAUCGCUAAAACAAGCCACGUCUCCGUCACAGUACGCGUGAGCGAUGUGAAUGACAACCCUCCGGUGUUCAAUCCUGACGAGUACUUCCCCGUCGUGCAGGAGAACGUUCCCAGCGGCACCACUCUGGUCAAAAUGAACGCCACGGACCGCGAUUCGGGGGCCAACGCAGUCAUGGCGUACGUGAUACAGUCAUCAGACAGUGACCUCUUCGUCAUCGACCCCAACACGGGCACCAUCACCACCCAGGGCUUCUUGGAUUACGAGGCUAAGCAGGUCUACCAUUUGACAGUGAAGGCCUUCAACGUCCCAGACGAGGAGCGCUGCAGCUUCGCCAAUGUCAACAUUCAGCUGAAGGGAGCCAAUGAAUACGUACCCCGCUUUGUCUCAAAACAGUACUACUUUGAAGUAUCUGAAGCUGCUCCAAAACGCACAGUGGUCGGGGAAGUGUUCGCCAGCGAUCGAGACCAAGGAGACGACGGAGUGGUUUACUACCUCAUUUUCGGUAAGAGUCGAAAGAAGGGCUUUGGCAUCAACAGGAAAACGGGCCAGAUUUAUGUGACCGGUAGUCUAGACCGCGAGAAAGAGGAGAAGAUUUCACUGAAGGUUUUGGCAAAGAACGCCGGGAGCAUCCGGGGGGCAGAUAUCGACGAGGUGUUUGUGAACAUCACAGUCCUUGAUGCCAACGAUCCCCCCGUUUUUACCCAAGAACUGUAUGACGUGCAGGUUAGUGAAGGUCUAUCGCCCGGAGGUCUCGUUACCUUUGUGAGUGCUGUGGACUCGGACUCCGUCCCGAGCUGGAGCCGAUUUUCGUACACCAUCGCUCCUCCCUUUGAUAAAAAUGUUUUCACAAUCGACCCGAAAACCGGCCAGGUGUCAGUGGCAGCGGAGCUUGACAGGGAAACUACUCCUGUGUAUAAUCUUACAGUUCUUGCCGUGGAUACUGGCACACCUCCUGCAACCGGGAGCACUACCCUGAUCGUGAACCUGGAAGACAUCAACGACAACGGUCCCACUCUGACAGCCGCCUACGCCGAGGUGAUGGAGAAUCAGAGAGCUGGCAUCGUUGUCACAACACUGACAGCGUCUGACGCAGAUCUACCACCAAACCAAGGCCCUUUCCUAUUCAGCCUUAUCGGUUCGGGCUCCGCCAACAGCUACUUCAGCCUUAGUCCAGCCGGAGUGUUAACCACCAGUCGGGAGAUUGACAGGGAACAGAUUAGCAACUUCUACCUCUCUGUUGUGAUCAAGGACUCUGGUGUCCCUCAAAUGUCCUCCACGGGAACUAUUCACGUCAAAAUAAACGAUCAGAACGACAAUCCCUCAGAGACGAGGUCCAUGGAAAUCUUUGUCCACUACUUUGGGAACAUGUUCCCCGGAGGUUCUUUGGGAGAUGUCAAACCGCAAGACCCCGACGUUCAGGAUAGAUUCCACUGCUCACUUAUUCCGCCGUCCUCGGGCCUGUUCAACAUCCCAACUGGAACAUGCAGCCUCAACUCGAAAGCGCGCUCAACGGAUGGGACUUUCGAACUAACCGUCCGCAGCAGCGACGGCGUCCACGGGUCCGUCAGCAACACGGCCCGGGUCCUCUUCAUGGGUUUCACAAACGCCACAGUGGACAACAGCAUUCUAAUCCGACUGCAGUCUCAAGGAGUCAAAAACUUCCUGACCAACCACUACCUCAGCUUCCUGCGCAUUGCCAACUCUCAGCUAGCGGGCCUGGGCACCGGGGUGCUGCUUUAUGGAGCAUUUGAACUCAACAAUCAGACUUUCAUAAUGGCAGCUGUGAAACGCGGCCACGGACAAUAUGUCAACCCCAGUGGCGUGGCCACAUUCUUCCAGAGUAUCAAAGACAUUUUAUACAGGCAGAGCGGGGUGCAAAUAGACGCGGUGGACCAUGAUCCGUGCACACGCAACCCGUGCCAGAACGGGGGCAGCUGCAAGAGGCGUCUCAGUGUCGGGCCUGAUAUGAAGACAGAAGAAAGUGUCCCAGUGAUCCUUGUUUCCAACCACCCCCUGCAGCCAUACGCCUGCAGCUGCAGGCCGGGAUACACCGGAGGCCUCUGUGAGACGGACAUUGACGAGUGCCAGCCAUCGCCCUGCCACAAUGGCGGCACCUGCCACAAUCUGGUGGGGGGUUUCUCCUGCACCUGCCCUGAAGGUUUCACGGGGAUGGCCUGUGAGAGGGAUGUGAACGAAUGCCUUUCCAAUCCCUGCAAGAAUGGCGCGCUCUGCCAGAACUUCCCCGGCGGUUUCAACUGCCUCUGCAAUUCCGGCUUUGCAGGCAAAACGUGCGAUUCCAUCAUCAAUCACUGUGAGUGUAACCCUUGUUUUAAUGGCGGGUCCUGUCAGAAUCGGGUGGAUGGAUAUUACUGUCAUUGUCCAUUUGGGGUUUUUGGCAAACACUGUGAACUUAACAGCUACGGCUUUGAGGAGCUCUCCUACAUGGAGUUUCCGUCUCUGGAUCCCAACAACAACUACAUCUAUAUCAAGUUCGCUACCCUGAAGAGCAACGCGCUGCUCAUGUACAACCACGACAACCAGACCGGAGACAAGGCCGAGUUCCUGGCUCUGGAGAUCUUUGAGGGACGGAUGCGCUUCUCCUUCAACCUGGGGAGUGGAACUUACAAACUGAUGACCAUGAUAAAAGUGUCCGACGGGCAGUUCCACACAGUCAUCGCCAGGAGAGCCGGGAUGGCUGCCUCCCUGACGGUGGACCUGUGUGGUGAUGACCAGGAACCAGGCUACUGCGCCGUGAGCAAUGUGGCAGUGCACACGGACUGGAUCCUGGACGUGCAGCCCAACAGGCUCUCGGUUGGCGGCGUCGGGUCAAUAGAACCCGUCCUUCAUCGCCGCGGUCAGGUCGCCACCCACGACUUUGUCGGCUGCAUCAUGGAGUUCGCCGUCAACGGCCGCCCGCUGGAGCCCAGUCAGGCGCUGGCAUCGCGUGGCAUCCUUGACAGACGCUCGCCAGAGUUUUGA